UCCCGCGCUGGGGGGAGUGGUGCUCCGCCGACCGUCUUCCGCCCUUUGGGCCCUCACCCCCAGACUCGCACGAGCCUGGGCGCUUCCUUCUUUCUGCCGGCUCUAGGAACUUGCUGCUCCGCUGGGCUGGUUUUCCCUAAGCGUGUCUGGCCGUGCUCUUGCCCCAGCAUGACAUUUUUCAGGACGCCGUUGUCGAAUCUCACGCAGAAGUCCUGAACCCAUCCAUGAAGAUCCCACUGGUGGCUCCCCCACCCCGCCGGCAUGAACGGGGUCCUGAUCCCCCAGACGCCCAUCGCUGUGGACUUUUGGAGCCUGCGCCGGGCUGGUACCGCGCGGCUCUUCUUCUUGACCCACAUGCACUCGGACCACACGGUGGGCCUGUCCAGCACCUGGGCCCGGCCCCUCUACUGCUCUCCCAUCACUGCCCACAUCUUGCAUCGUCGCCUACAGGUAUCUAAGCAAUGGAUACGAGCUCUGGAAGUUGGUGAGAGCCAUGUAUUGCCUCUAGAUGAAAUUGGCCGAGAGACCAUGACUGUCACUCUCAUCGAUGCCAAUCACUGCCCUGGUUCUGUCAUGUUUCUUUUCGAAGGAUAUUUUGGAACCAUCCUCUACACAGGUGAUUUUCGAUUUACACCAUCCAUGCUAAAGGAGCCAGCCCUGACAUUGGGAAAGCAGAUCCAUACUUUAUACCUGGACAACACCAAUUGCAACCCAGCCCUCGAUCUUCCUUCUCGACAAGAAGCUGCCCACGAGAUUGUCCAGCUUAUUCGAAAGCACCCACAACAUAUCAUAAAGAUUGGUAUGGCAUCACAGCUGCAGGUGUUUUCCCCCCCAUCAGUGUCGUCGAGUGCCUUCAGUGCUAAGAAACUGAAAAUAGAGCCUUCUGGCUGGGAUGUUUCAGGACAGAGUAGCAACGACAAAUAUUUCACCCACAGCAAAACCCUCCCAGCUGCACAGGGGCAGGCCAGCUCCUCUCACCAGGUAGCAAAUUUCAACAUCCCUGCUUACGAGCAGGGCCUCCUCCUCCCAGCUCCUGCAGUGGAGCAUAUUGUUGUAACGGCCGCUGAUAGCUCUGCCAGUGCUGCUACUUCAACCUUCCAAAGCAGCCAGACCUUGACUCAGAGAAGCAACGUUUCUUUGCUUGAGCCAUAUCAAAAAUGCGGAUUGAAAAGAAAAAGUGAGGAAGUUGACAGCAACGGUAGUGUGCAGAUCAUAGAAGAACAUCCCCCUCUCAUGCUGCAAAACAGGACCGUGGUGGGUGCUGCUGCCACAACCACCACUGUGACCACAAAGAGUAGCAGUUCCAGCGGAGAAGGGGAUUAUCAGCUGGUCCAGCAUGAGAUCCUUUGUUCUAUGACCAACAGCUAUGAAGUCUUGGAGUUCCUAGGGCGGGGGACAUUUGGACAGGUGGCUAAGUGCUGGAAGCGGAGCACCAAGGAAAUUGUGGCUAUUAAAAUCUUGAAGAACCACCCCUCCUAUGCCAGACAAGGACAGAUUGAAGUGAGCAUCCUUUCCCGCCUAAGCAGUGAAAAUGCUGAUGAGUAUAAUUUUGUCCGUUCUUAUGAGUGCUUUCAGCAUAAGAAUCAUACCUGCCUUGUGUUUGAGAUGCUGGAGCAGAACUUAUAUGAUUUCCUAAAGCAGAACAAAUUUAGCCCACUGCCACUCAAAUACAUCAGACCAAUUUUGCAGCAGGUGGCCACAGCCUUGAUGAAGCUCAAGAGCCUUGGUCUGAUUCACGCUGACCUUAAGCCUGAAAACAUAAUGCUGGUCGAUCCAGUUCGCCAACCCUACCGAGUGAAGGUCAUUGACUUUGGUUCUGCUAGUCACGUUUCCAAAGCUGUGUGCUCAACCUACUUACAGUCACGUUACUACAGAGCCCCAGAAAUUAUUCUUGGAUUACCAUUUUGUGAAGCUAUUGAUAUGUGGUCACUGGGCUGUGUGAUAGCUGAGCUGUUUCUGGGAUGGCCCCUCUAUCCUGGUGCUUCAGAAUAUGAUCAGAUUCGUUACAUUUCACAAACACAAGGCCUACCAGCUGAAUAUCUUCUCAGUGCUGGAACGAAAACAACCAGGUUUUUCAAUAGAGAUCCCAACUUGGGAUAUCCACUGUGGAGGCUAAAGACACCUGAAGAACAUGAAUUGGAGACUGGAAUAAAAUCAAAAGAAGCUCGGAAGUACAUUUUUAACUGUUUAGAUGACAUGGCUCAGGUGAAUAUGUCUACAGACUUGGAGGGAACAGACAUGUUGGCAGAGAAGGCAGAUCGAAGAGAAUACAUUGAUCUGUUAAAAAAAAUGCUAACAAUUGAUGCAGAUAAGAGAAUUACUCCUCUGAAAACUCUAAACCAUCAGUUUGUAACAAUGACUCACCUUCUGGAUUUUCCACAUAGCAAUCAUGUUAAAUCUUGUUUUCAGAACAUGGAGAUCUGCAAGCGGAGGGUUCACAUGUAUGAUACAGUGAGUCAGAUCAAGAGUCCCUUCACAACACAUGUUGCCCCAAAUACAAGCACAAAUCUAACCAUGAGCUUCAGCAACCAGCUCAAUACAGUGCACAAUCAGGCCAGUGUUCUAGCUUCCAGUUCUACAGCAGCAGCUGCUACUCUUUCUCUAGCUAAUUCAGAUGUCUCACUGCUAAACUAUCAGUCGGCUCUGUACCCGUCAUCUGCUGCACCAGUUCCUGGAGUUGCCCAACAGGGUGUUUCCUUACAGCCUGGAACUACCCAGAUUUGCACUCAGACAGACCCAUUCCAACAAACAUUUAUAGUAUGUCCACCUGCUUUUCAAACUGGACUACAAGCAACAACAAAGCAUUCUGGAUUCCCUGUGAGGAUGGAUAAUGCUGUGCCAAUUGUACCCCAGGCGCCAGCAGCUCAGCCACUACAGAUCCAGUCGGGAGUUCUUACACAGGGAAGCUGUACACCACUAAUGGUAGCAACUCUCCACCCUCAAGUAGCCACCAUCACACCGCAGUAUGCGGUGCCCUUUACCCUGAGCUGCGCAGCCGGCCGGCCGGCGCUGGUUGAACAGACUGCCGCUGUACUGCAGGCUUGGCCGGGAGGAACGCAACAAAUUCUCCUGCCUUCAACUUGGCAACAGUUGCCUGGGGUAGCUCUACAUAACUCUGUCCAGCCCACAGCAGUGAUUCCAGAGGCCAUGGGGAGUAGCCAGCAGCUAGCAGACUGGAGAAAUGCCCACUCUCAUGGUAACCAGUACAGCACCAUCAUGCAACAGCCAUCCUUGCUCACUAACCACGUGACAUUGGCCACUGCUCAGCCCCUGAAUGUAGGUGUUGCCCAUGUUGUCAGGCAACAACAACAGUCCAGUUCCCUCCCUUCGAAGAAGAAUAAGCAGUCUGCUCCAGCCAGUUCCAAAUCCUCUCUGGAUGUUCUCCCUUCCCAAGUCUAUUCUCUGGUCGGUAGCAGUCCCCUCCGCACCACAUCUUCUUUUAAUUCUCUAGUCCCUGUCCAAGAUCAGCAUCAGCCAAUCAUCAUUCCUGAUACUCCUAGCCCUCCUGUGAGUGUCAUCACUAUCCGAAGUGACACUGAUGAGGAAGAGGACAACAAAUAUAAGCCCAAUAGUUCUGGCCUGAAGCCAAGAUCUAAUGUCAUCAGUUAUGUCACCGUCAAUGAUUCUCCAGACUCCGACUCUUCCUUGAGCAGCCCAUACUCUACUGACACCCUGAGUGCUCUUCGGGGCAAUAGUGGAUCUCUUCUGGAGGGGCCUGGUAGAGUGGUGGCAGAUGGCACUGGCACUCGUACCAUUAUUGUGCCUCCACUGAAAACCCAGCUUGGUGACUGCACUGUAGCAACCCAGGCCUCAGGUCUCUUGAGCAGUAAGACCAAGCCAGUGGCCUCAGUGAGUGGGCAGUCAUCUGGAUGCUGUAUCACCCCGACAGGGUAUCGAGCUCAACGUGGGGGGACCAGCGCAGCACAGCCACUCAACCUUAGCCAGAACCAGCAGUCAUCGUCAGCUCCAACCUCGCAGGAGAGAAGCAGCAACCCUGCCCCUCGCAGGCAGCAAGCGUUUGUGGCCCCGCUAUCCCAAGCCCCCUACGCCUUUCAGCAUGGCAGCCCACUACACUCGACGGGUCACCCUCACCUGGCCCCAGCCCCUGCUCACCUGCCAAGCCAGCCUCACCUGUAUACGUAUGCUGCCCCCACCUCUGCUGCUGCAUUGGGCUCCACCAGCUCCAUUGCUCAUCUUUUCUCCCCCCAGGGCUCCUCAAGGCAUGCCGCAGCCUAUGCCACCCACCCUAGCACUCUGGUGCACCAAGUCCCUGUCAGUGUUGGGCCUAGCCUCCUUACUUCUGCCAGUGUGGCCCCUGCUCAGUACCAACACCAGUUUGCCACUCAGUCCUACAUUGGGUCUUCUCGAGGCUCAACAAUUUACACUGGAUACCCGCUGAGUCCUACCAAGAUCAGCCAGUAUUCCUACUUGUAGUUGGUGAGCAUGAGAGAGGAGAGUCAUGGCCGCCCACACCUGGCCCUGAGUUCAUAAAUAAUGGACUUUGGUGAGCUCCUCCCUUACUUUCUUGAAACUCCUUAGCCAGCAGUUUGUUCUGCAGGGGCCCACUGAAGCAGAAGGUUUUUCUCUGGGGAACCUGUCUCAGUGUUGACUGCAUUGUUGUAGUCUCCCAAAGUUUGCCCUAUUUUUUAAUUCUUUAUUUUUAUGGCAGCAUUUUUGGUAUUUGGAAGAGUUCAGAUGCCCAUCUUCUGCAGUUACUAAGGAAGAGAGAUCGUACUGAAGUUACCCUUCCAAAAAUAUUUUCUCUCUCUGACUUGGUCUCUAUAAAUGCUUUUAAAAACAAGUGAAGCCCCUCUUUAUUUAACUUUGUUUUAUUGUGAUUGCUGGUCAGAGGAGAAAUGCUGAUAGAAGGACUUGAAAUCUGGUAACAGGUGUGAGAAACAUUACUAUUUUUUGUUUAAAAUGCUGAGACUUAUUUGCUUAUUUUAUUUUAAAAGCGGCUUACCCUAAUUGAUAUUUUACUAUUAGGCAUUUUUUCCUCAGAACUUUUUUUCUUUGUGGAUCAUUUGAACUUAUAAUGUUUUAGUUUUGACUUCAUGUUGCAUUAUACUUAAUAAGCAAUUGUUAUUUUUGCAAAAUUGGUUACAGAUUACUGUGUUACUGUUGGGAUUCUCUCAGUUGCUCCUGUGCUUAUUACAAAGCGUUGUUAAAAAGACAGCUCACCUUUUGCUGGUAACUUAGCAUGAGAAUCCAUACCUAUGUUGAAAGCACCAAGUAUUCUUUUUAAAUGAAGCACCAUGAAUUCUUUUAAAAGUCCUUCUCUCUCUGAUUCAGCUUAAAUUUUAUUAUUGAAAAAGCCAUUUAGGUGGUUGUUACUAUAUGGUGGUGGUUGUUUUAGUAUAUGCAAAAUCUCUUUCUAUUAUGAGAUAAUGGCAUUGAUGAGCUUUGGCUAAAGAUUAGUAUGAAUUUCAGUAAUACACCUCUGUAUUUUUUUCAUCUCUCCCUUCUGUUUUAUGUGAUUUCUUUGGGGAGAAAGCUAAAGGAUCUGAAACCAGAUAAGAACGUUGUGUAUAGCUUUUAUACUUUACAGUAGCUUCCUUUGUAUGCCAGCAGCAAAUUGAAUGCUCUCUUAUUAAGACUUAUAUAAUAAGUGCAUGUAGGAACUGCAAAAAAUAUUUUAAAAAUUUAUUACUGAAUUUAAAAAUAUUUUAGAAGUUUUGUAAUGGUGGUGUUUUAAUAUUUUGCAUAAUUAAAUAUGUACAUACUGAUUAGAAAAAUAUAACAAGCAAUUUUUCCUGCUAACCCAAAAUGUUAUUUGUAAUCAAAUGUGUAGUGGUUACACUUGAAUUGUGUAUUUAGUGUGUAUCUGAUCCUCCAGUGUUACCCGGAGAUGAAAUUGAUAUCUCCAUUGUAUUUAAACCAAAAUGAACUGAUACUUGUUGGAAUGUAUGUGAACUAAUUGCGAUUAUAUUAGAGCAUAUUACUGUAGUGCUGAAUGAGCAGGGGCAUUGCCUGCAAGGAGAGGAGACCUUUUGAAUUGUUUUGCACAGGUGUGUCUGGUGAGGAGUUGUUCAGUGUGUGUCUCUCCCCUCCCUUCCUCCCUCCUUCCCUUAUUGUAGUGCCUUAUAUGAUAAUGUAGUGGUUUAAUAGAGUUUACAGUGAGCUUGCCUUAGGAUGGACCAGCAAGCCCCAGUGGACCCGAAGCUGUUCACUGGGAUUUAUCAGAACAGGAUUAGUAGCUGUGUUGUGUAAAUGCAUUGUUCUCAGUUUCCCUGCCAACAUUGAAAAGAAAAACAGCAGCUUUUCUCCUUUACUGCCACCUCUACCCCUUUCCAUUUUGGACUCAGCUGAGUUCUCACAGAAGCAUUUUCCCCAUGUGGCUCUCUCACUGUGCAUUGCUACCUUGCUUCUGUGAGAAUUCAGGAAGCAGGUGAGAGGUGUCAAGCCAAUAUUAAAUAUGCUUUUUCUUCUUCUUCUUUUUUUUUUAAAGUAUGUGCAAUCACUUUUAGAAUAUUUUUUCCACUUUUCCCAUGUGUCAGUCCUUCCUGCAAAUAGUCAACAUUCCUAGUAAAAUUUUACUUUUUGAAAAAUAAAAAGAAUAAUAACAUGUAUUUAUACCAAAGAGCCUGUUGUAUUGCUUACCAUGUCCCCAUGCUAUGAAGAGGUGUUCUGUGGUGCCACUAGUGACAAGGAAUCACAGAAAGAUUUCUUAGCCAGUGGAGAAUAUUAAAAAGGAACCAAAGCCCAUUGAUUCCUUAGGGCUUUUGAGCUUUCCUUUUAAAAACUUGUAUAUUCUUGGGGCCCUUCAAGCUGUGAAUUGUCCUUGUACUCUCAGCUCCUACAUGGAUCUGGGUCAAGUAGAAGGUAUUGAGGAUAGGGAUAUUCCUGCCCAUAAAGGAUUUAGGGGAAGAAGGUUAACCCUAAGCUGUGGAUAUGUUCCAUCUGAACUGAAGAUUAUAUAUUUGAGGGAUAAUUCUAGGACUGGUUCUGUUUAAAGAUGGUGUCAAGGAGGUGCAGGAUGGAGAUGGGAGAUUUCAUGGAGCCUGGUCAGCAAACUUUGUACCAGGUUGAACACUGAGGACCUGUCAAAGUAUUUGGAGUUUCUUUAUUGUAAGGAGUAAGGGCUUCCAAGAUGGGACACGUAAUCAGUACAGCCUAUCCUGUUUUCUGUAUUGUUUUAAUCAUUAUAUUGAGUUUUGUUUUCAGCACUAUAUUGGUCAAGACAGUUUGUAUAGUUUCUGUCAUAGUUACAUAGUUUUCUGGUCAGUGUGUGUGAUCUUUGUGUCUCCUUAUUGCCAAGCACAUUCUGAUUUUCUUGUUCAAAUGCAGGUCUAAUUUCUAAAGGAAACAUUGUUUUUGUUCCUUAUCUUUCCUCUACAGAGGGAAAGAUGUGUUUUUGUAAGAAAUGAGAUGCAGGAAAAAAACCCCACCCCUGGUCCCCAGUGUAAUAAGUAGAUGUCAUUUAAGACAGGAGUCUUAACUCCAUUGACAAAAAUAAUACCUUAAUCACCUGACUAGCAGCAGUGUGUAGUUUUUAAACUUUAGAGAUUUCCAGUCUUAGUUUGCAAAUUGGCAUUUCAGAUUUACCAAGAUUUAUAUCCACCGGUGUCCGCUGAGUUUGUAUAUGCUCGACGUGGCUUUAGAUUCUGUCCCUGGGACUUAACAUGCCUGCCCUGACAAGCUGGGGGAAGCCCCAUGAAUUUAGUGAGCAGCUGGCCUGGGUCACUGUGGCCUGACCUCAAACCAGCUUAUGGCUUUAAGUCCUCUCUCAGAACUUGCGUGGAUUUCUAGCUUCUCCCUUUUUGGGUGAGUGAGGAAGAGGGGAAGAGUUAAGUAUAGCCACUAGGCUCAUAGGGACACUUGAUCAGUCAUCCCAGAGUCUUUAAUAGCUCCCAAGAGGUGAUUCUACUCUCAGAACUCAGCUGAAAUACCAACCAAGGAAUAAGAACUCCAUUCCCAACAGUUCUGGCCAUUCUGAGCCUGCUUUUGUGAUUGCUCGUCUAGGCAAGCACAGUAAUGUGUGUUUAUUCAGCAUUAUUACACAAAAAUCCACUAGUUAAGAUGGUUUGUUUUAGGGUAGGAAAUGAAUUUGCCUCUCAGUGACAGGAAUGGCCCGAGCCUGCUUCCUAUUUUGAUUUUUUAAAAACUGAUGGAUGGUGCAGCAUGUCUACAUGGUUGUUUGUUGCUAAACUUUAUAUAAUGUGUGGUUUCAAUUCAGCUUGAAAAAUAAUCUCACUACAUGUAGCAGUACAUUAUAUGUACAUUAUAUGUAAUGUUAGUAUUUCUGCUUUGAAUCCUUGAUAUUGCAAUGGAAUUCCUACUUUAUUAAAUGUAUUUGAUAUGCUAGUUAUUGUGUGCGAUCUAAACUUUUUUUUUGCUUUCUCCCUUUUCUGAUUGUGCGCUUCCUUUUACAACAUGCCUCUAGAAACAGUUUCUGAGAAUUACUGAGCUAUGUUUGUAAUGCAGAUGUACUUAGGGAGUAUGUAAAAUAAUCAUUUUAACAAAAGAAAUAGAUAUUUAAAAUUUAAUACUAACUACGGGAAAAGGGUCCAUUGUGUAAAACAUAGUAUAUCUUUGGAUUCAAUGUUUGUCUUUGGUUUUACAAAGUAGCUUGUAUUUUCAGUAUUUUCUACAUAAUAUGGUAAAAUGUAGAGCAAUUGCAAUGCAUCAAUAAAAUGGGUAAAUUUUCU